GCGGAGGACGCCUCUCUCCGCUCGCCAUUCGAAGCGGCCUGGCCGCGAGCCCCGCAACCCAAUCCGUCCGCCAUGGCGCUGUGGGUGCACGCCGCCGCCGUCGCCGCCCCGCGUCUCCUCCCCCCUCCCUCGCUCCACCGCUCUGCUCCGGGCACGGCGCCUCCUCUCCUCCCCCUUGUCCGCGCCUUCGCCUCCCUCCGCUCCGGCCCCAGCUCCUCCCGGUGGACGCGGCGGGCGAGCGUGCGCGUCCGCGCGGGCGCCGGCGGCGGAGGUGGGCGGAGGAGGGAGUCCCCGUACGAGGUGCUCGGCGUGGCGCCGUCGGCCGCGCCCGCAGACAUCAAGCGCGCGUACCGGCGCCUCGCGCUCAAGUACCACCCGGACGUCAACAAGGAGGGGAAUGCUCAGGAGAAGUUUCUGAGGAUCAAGCACGCCUACAACACGCUGAUGAACUCGGAGAGCCGAUCCAAGUACGCGAGCAGCAGCAGCAGCAGCGGCCCUGAUUCUUCGUGGUCUCCCGGGAGCAGCAAGCCAGCUGAUGCAGAAGAGGAUUUCUAUGGGUUUGGGGAUUUCCUUAAAGACCUGCAAACAGAAUUUCAGAACUGGGAGGCUGGCCUGAACUCAGAGCAGAAACCUAAAAGCCUGUGGGAAGAACUGUCAGCGAUUGGCGAGGAAUUUGUGGAGUUCCUGGAGAACGAACUCAAUGUCGAUGGCUCGAGUACCGAGGAUGACGAUGGCAAUGAUCCGUACACGCAGUUUGGAGGGGGUGGCAGAAAGGCUCGGGGUGACAAGAAAGGAACAAACAGCUCCGAUGACGGCGUGUCUGACAUAGAGUCCGUUCUCGAGCAGCUGAAGAAGGAGCUGGGGCUUAGCUAAACCGUUUUGCGUAUUGCAGUUGCUACUGACAGGAUGUUUUUCAUAUGAAGGUAUUUCCUGCAGCGACUUUUUCCCCGAUGGCAGUAAUAGUUACAACUACUAGACACUGUAAUUUAGUUGACAGAACUCAUGAGCGUUUUGCAAAAUGUGUGUACUGUUGCUGGUUUCUAGGAUUUGCGGUUUGCUUUUGGAUUGGAAUUUUGGGGGUGAAAGUAGCUGAUAUCCCGGUCA